CCUCGGCCGCUCUGCUUGGGUGGAUCCAAGCAGCCACGUCCUGCGCGGGCUCCAUCUCCAUUACUUUCCCUCCCUCGCUUCUCUCUCAUCCCUUGCCAUUUCCUGUGUGUCACGCCUACCGACAGGAUGCUAGAGCUAAUCGAUAGCAGCGGAGUUCUCGAUCGCUGUUCCAUCGGUCGGGCCUGACGGGGGCGGAGCGGAGCAGCGCGGGAAAUAGUAAAAGAGGAAAGCGAAGCAGCUGGCCAGGGCUGCGGGCGGCUUCGCCAUCCUUCCCUUCUACUCUGCUGCUGCUCCUCCUUUGCCUUGCAUGCCUGUGUGCUUCUCACGCUGUGAGCGUUAGAAUCCCGCCACCCAGGAGCUCGCGGGGCCUUCCCUCCAGCCACCGCUCCUCCCUUCCUUAACUGUCCAAACCAUCCCGGGGGACAGCGCUGCGUAGGGUGCCGCUGACUGAGCCGUCUCCCUAAGAAUCUCCUUUUGCCUGCCAUUUUCCGUGGCUUAAUCAGCUGCCAGUCCAACUGUUCUCGCCAUGCUCUGUGUUCCUAGCUCUUUCGCUUGAACUGGCUUAUAUAUGGCUUGUCUCUUUCACUCUCAGGAGGCCUGCCUGCCGCCUUUGCUUCUAAAACAGAUCGCUACGGUUUGGCCCCUGUUCUUCUUCCUAGAUCUCCCCCACCCCACGAAUCGUACCUUCCUUUUUGUCUAAAUGCUGGCGUUGCCAGGAAUUUCUGUUCUCCUCAGUCUCUGCACUUACUAGUGCCUUUGAACCUGUGUACAGAUGGAAAAUAACUCCCCUGGGAGGAAAUGAGGAGAAGCCUGGCUCCUAGUCAAUUGGCCAAGAGGAAGUCAGGAGGUGGUGGCUUUGAGGAGGAUGAAGACUGGCAUCCUGAAGCUUCUGCAAAGAAGCGGAAACAUGGAAGCAAGGCUGAAAACAGGGAGUGUUAUAUGUCACCUUUUCGGAAACCCUUGGCUCAGUUGACCAAUCGACCACAUUGCCUUGAUGGCAGUAAACAUGAGGCCUUUAUCCGCAGCAUUUUGUCAAAACCUUUCAAAGUACCUAUUCCAAACUAUACAGGCUCACUGGGUUUUAGGGCCCUGGGUAUCAAACGGGCAGGGGUAAGGCAUUCUCUCCAUGAUCCUUUUGAAGAAGGUGCUUUGGUGCUGUAUGAGCCUCCACCCCUGAGUGCGCAUGAGCAACUGAAGAUAGACAAGGACAAAGUGCCUGUUCAUGUUGUGGUGGAUCCUAUUCUCAGUCGCAUUUUACGACCCCAUCAGAGAGAGGGGGUGAAGUUUCUUUGGGAGUGUGUGACGAGCCGUCGGAUCCCUGGGAGUCAUGGCUGCAUUAUGGCGGAUGAAAUGGGUCUGGGUAAGACCUUGCAGUGUAUCACUCUAAUGUGGACACUCCUGCGCCAAAGUCCAGAUUGCAAGCCUGAAAUCGACAAGGCAGUUGUGGUCUCGCCCUCCAGCCUGGUGAGAAACUGGUACAAUGAAGUGGGUAAAUGGCUUGGAGGAAGGAUCCAGCCACUGGCUAUUGAUGGAGGCUCCAAGGAGGACAUAGACAAUAAGCUAGUUGGAUUUAUGAAUCAGCGAGGCCUAAGAGUCCCAUCUCCCAUCCUGAUAAUUUCCUAUGAGACAUUCCGCCUUCAUGCUGAAGUUCUUCAGAAAGGGAGUGUUGGUCUGGUCAUAUGUGAUGAGGGCCACAGACUGAAGAACUCGGAAAACCAAACCUACCAGGCUCUCAACAGUUUGAAAACACCACGCCGGGUGCUCAUUUCAGGAACUCCAAUUCAGAACGACCUCCUUGAAUACUUCAGUUUGGUACAUUUUGUCAACUCAGGCAUUCUAGGGACAGCCCAAGAAUUUAAAAAGCACUUUGAAAUUCCUAUCCUGAAAGGCAGGGAUGCAGAUGCGACUGAAACAGAGAGGCACAAAGGAGAGGAGAGACUUAAAGAGCUCAUCAGCAUUGUGAACAGAUGUCUCAUUAGGAGGACUUCAGAUAUUCUAUCCAAGUAUCUGCCUGUGAAAAUUGAGCAAGUAGUAUGCUGCAGGCUGACUCCCCUUCAGGCUGAGCUGUACAAACGCUUCCUGAAUCAAGCAAAACCAGCUGAAGAUCUGAAAGAUGGAAAGAUCAGUGUUUCAUCUCUCUCCUCAAUCACGUCUCUAAAAAAGCUCUGUAACCACCCUGCACUGAUCUAUGAGAAGUGUGUAGAAGAAGAAGAAGGGUUUGUGGGUGCUCUGCAGUUGUUUCCUCCUGGCUAUGGCACUAAAUCCCUAGAACCUCAGCUCUCAGGAAAGAUGCUGGUCUUGGACUACAUCCUUGCAGUUACCAGGAGUAGCAGUAAUGAUAAAGUAGUUCUAGUCUCCAAUUAUACUCAGACACUGGACCUCUUUGAAAAACUCUGCAGAACUAGGAGGUAUCUGUAUGUUCGUCUGGAUGGCACCAUGUCCAUUAAAAAGAGAGCAAAGAUAGUGGAACGUUUCAACAGUGUUUCUAGUCCUGAAUUUAUUUUCAUGCUGAGUAGCAAAGCUGGUGGCUGUGGCUUAAAUCUCAUUGGAGCGAACAGACUUGUCAUGUUUGACCCUGACUGGAAUCCAGCUAAUGAUGAACAAGCCAUGGCCCGUGUGUGGAGAGAUGGCCAGAAGAAGACUUGCUAUAUCUAUCGAUUGCUUUCGACGGGGACCAUUGAAGAAAAGAUCUUCCAGCGACAGACUCACAAGAAGGCUCUCAGCAGCUGUGUGGUAGAUGAGGAGCAAGAUGUGGAAAGACACUUCUCUCUUGGGGAACUAAAGGAGCUUUUCACUCUUAAUGAGUCUACUACAAGUGAUACCCAUGACAAGAUCAAGUGUCGUCGCUGUGUGAAUGGCCAUCAAGUCAGGCCACCUCCAGAGGGAUCUGACUGCACCUCUGACCUAUCCCAGUGGAACCACUGUGCUGAAAAACGAGGGCUCCAGGAUGUUGUCUUGAAGACUGCUUGGGAUGCUGCUGUUACCUUCACCUUCCAUCAUCAUUCUCAUGAGGAGCAACGGGGGAUAGCAUGACAACUAGUUUCCUGAAACCCAAGCUAUUUCAUUUUCUUAAUAAGAGGAUGAAUACUUCUACUUGUUACUUUGAUAGACAGCACUUGCUUCUUCCAGUAACUGAAAGAACUUCCACUGCUGUAUUACCAGUUCUCUCAAUUAAAAAACUGAGGGCUGAAUCACUUGAGCAGAGCAGACCAUACAAGUGGAACACUGGAGAAGCAAGUGUUUAAUACAACCCCAAGUAUUUGGCAGUGAAGAAACCAAAGAUGAAAGGGGAUCACUGCCAGAAAGUGCUAAUAACUUGAAAUAUGAGUAGGUGAGAUGGUUGACACUUGACUAAGACCCAGAGGACUAGAGAAGAAGCCAUAAUGGAUUCAAUAAUUGUAUGCCUUAUAAUCAGACUGACAGUCUUGGGUUUUUUCAGCUUAUUUUGUUGCUGCAUCAACAAAAUCACCUAUUUUUAGCCUAUUACAAGAGAAUUUUUAUAUCAGCUCCAUUAGAUAAUUCAGAAUUAAGAUCUCUAUUAAACUUCUACAAUAAAGUUGCAAGUGAACUGUUUAAACCAGUGUCCCGGGGACUAAGAGAAAGCAAGGUAAUAUGCUUGUAAUGUGACUAACUAUAUUGCAAGAUGAAAGACCCAGGCAGGUGAAUUUCUUUUGCUGUAGCAUGCAAGAUUUUGAAGUGUUGAACUGGGGAAAGCUUCAUUUUCCAAAAGCAGAGGCAUUUGCUUUGUCUACUGAUUUUUAUUUUCAACUGAAAGUUGGAAGAUAAAUUAUGGUUGUAAAAUUCUAGUCUGCCCUUGUGCGUAGUAGAAAAAAAUCAAUGGGUUUGUUUUCAUCUCAUUAGAAUUGGUCCUCUGGACUAUAUUGCUUGCUUUAAAGAUUAAAAACCUUUACUUUGAA